AAUGCAACGGCUGUGAAGCGAAUGAUCGCCUGCUUACCUGAAUCUUUGUAGCGGUCUUGUUACGUAACCGUUCAGCUUCUCUAGCUUUUCGCUCCCGUUGAGCCUUUUCCAGUAGCCUUUUUUUGUCCUCUUGGGCUCUUACACCACCAAGGUUGAUAUUUCGCUUUGCCUUGUAGUUUCCUUCAAAAUUGAAGUUCAUUACCUAAUGAUAAGUCACGAACAAGACAGCUCGACCAGUGUGCCGCUGUUCCAAACUCACCUUAAAAUGACAAGUCACGGGUUUAACACCGAAAGAUCAUUUCUUUCACCAUGCCAUCCACACGACCAAGGAGAAAAGUGGUAAAAAGCCCCACACCAGAUGAAGACGAAGAUAUGUUGAGCGAAUCUGGUAGCGAUAGUCUUGAAGUCGAAGACGAAAUGCCUGAAGACGUUGAUAAAGAAGACGAAGAUCUGGAAGCUGACGAGGAUCCAGUUCUGGACGAAGAAAACGCCGAUUCCGGAGACGAGGACGACGAAUUGUUAUCACAAGAAGAAGACGAAGAAGAUGAAGAAGAUGAAGACGAAGAGGAGGAGGAUGAUCAGGAAGACGAAGAAGAGCAAGAAAUCGUUACACCACGAAAGGAUACAAAGCGUACUGCUACUAAUAAACGGAAACGUCAAGCGGCUGUUUUAUCAAGUGAUGAAGAAAUGUCGGAAACUGAAGUGGUACCUAACCGACCGCUGACAAAGCGUCAGAGAGCAAAAUUGAAUGAUGGUGCAGAGGAAGAUUACCUAGAGCUUCCAAUGGGAAAGAAGAAGCAUUUGACUGUAGAGGAACAAGCUUUGCGUCGAUCAGAAGUUGCUAGACGCCGAAAAAAUCAAAGCAUUCAGAGAGCAGAAAAGGACAAGGCCGACACUAUCAACAGAUUGCUUAAAAAGCAAGCGUCCAAGAGCAAGAAGGCUAUCAAGGACGAUGGUGGUGACGGUACUGAUUCCGCUAUUGGUGAUAAUGGUAGACAACAGCCCCGUAUCCCUGAGAUGCCUACGCAGAUACGCUAUGUCAACAACAAAGAAGGCAGUUUGCUUUCAAUCCCAAGUACUAUGGAUUUAAACGAUGUGAUCGCCUCCUCAAAGAAAAUCGACUUGAAAAAAGUGAUUUCCUGUGCGGUUAAAGGGUGUAAUCAGCCCAAGAAAUACUUGACUAGCAAAAGCCGCAAACCGGUGUGCUCACUGGACCACUAUCAUACAAUUGAAGGAUGAUUUAACACCAUUACGUAAUAAAGCAACUGUGUAUAUAUCCAUGCGUACCAUUUAUUGGUUAUUAUGACUGGCGCGUUUACAUGAGAUGAUUUGCAUGAUAUGAAUGGAGUUAUGAACAUGAAGUAAAAUGUGCUAAACUAUGAUCCCAACCUUGUUGGCGCAAGUGGAGGAAGUUUGACAUACGAUUACUGCGAGCCUUCCGCGCCUUUACGGAGCUCAGAAAGUAGCAUACUCAGCUUUUCUCUAAGCUUUACGGAUAGCCUUUAGUACACUUUAUGAUUAUUGCAUUUGAUGAAUGAAAGAACCGGUUUGCG